UGGGCUAUGAUCAGUGUUUAAGUGCCAGUUUCCAAAAUGAAGUUUCUCCUGUUAUUUUGUCUUUGUGUUGGUGGAGCUCUGGCACAAGAUUAUGACGAUUACGACACUGAAGCAAAGACACCAGCACCGAAAGAAGUCAUAGAUCCUCGCGGUCAUCGUCCUCUCGAAAGAGGUCGCGAGGUCUACACCCCUGUUGUCGCUCCACCUCCAAUUAGUGGGCGGCGCCGUUAUGGAGCCCGACCCACUGUUCCACCUACAGGUGUUCCUCAGCAGGAGAAGGAGGAACUGCCAGAGAGAGGGGGGUGCACCCAUGCUUCUGAGACAAUGGGAGUACUGUGUCCCACAGGCUGUGAACUGAAAACUGCUUUGCAAAAGCAGGAGCGCAACGUUAAGCCAACUGUGGCCCAGCUGAAGAAAGAAGUGGACAACCUAUCUCAGACCUCCAACUCUGUCUACAGAUAUGUGGUGGACAUGACUGCUGAGGUCACAGAAAGACAGAAAAUCAGUAGUGGAAACGGCCAGACGGUCAGCCAGUACACCGAUGACCUAGAGGUUCAGCAUGCCUAUGUAAAGGAGGCCGUGGACGUCACCUUUCCUCAGAACAUUAAAAUCCUGCAGGGUGUCCUAGACAAGAUUCGGGAAAAGAUCCAACGUAUCGAGAAGGCAAUCACCACCCAGACGGACAAAUGUGCUGAACCCUGCAAAGUCUCCUGCCCGAUUCCUGUGGUUUCUGGGAAAGACUGUGAAGAUAUCUUCCGGAAAGGAGGAGAAACAUCUCAAAUGUACAUGGUGCGGCCUGAGCCUGUACAAGUACCUUACAAGGUCUACUGUGAGCAGACAACCCAAAACGGAGGCUGGUUACUUAUCCAGAACCGGUUGGAUGGCAGCGUGGACUUUGGCAGGCGUUGGGACGACUACAAGAGAGGUUUUGGAAAUGUCGCCUUUGACGUCGGGAAAGGUUACUGCGAAACUCCUGGUGAGUACUGGCUGGGUAACGACCGCAUCAGUCAGCUGACCAAGAUGGGCCCGACCGAAGUCCUAAUCGAAAUGCAGGACUGGACAGGUGCCAAGGUUCAUGCACAAUACCAGCAGUUCACCGUACAGGGCGAGGCUUCAAACUACAUCCUGGCAGUGGACAAGUACACAGGCACAGCUGGAAACACAUUAGUUGAAGGAGCAAAGGAACUGUUUGGCGUGAACCGCACCAUGACCAUCCACAACGGCAUGAUGUUCAGCACCUACGACAGAGACAACGACAGAUGGGUACCUGGAGAUCCUUCUAAGCAGUGCUCAAGAGAAGAUGGUGGUGGAUGGUGGUACAACUCGUGCCACUCAGCCAACCCUAAUGGCCGAUACUACUGGGGCGGCGCCUACACAAAAAACAUGGCUAAACACGGCACAGACGAUGGUGUUGUCUGGAUGAAUUGGAAGGGCUCAUGGUACUCACUUAAAGCGAUCAGCAUAAAGAUCCGACCAUUCUUUACUGAUUGAUAAAGUCUGGCGUUAAUCUGUAACUGAAAUGAGAUGCCAUGUAUUUUUUUAGAGUUUCAUAGUGAAAUAAAGAAAACAGAGGAAAACAAAUAAUAACACAACUUGCUUGUUUUAAAAGCUCAAACAACUAACAGUGCUAAAAAGUAUUGUGUUCAAAAAUGAGAACAACAUAUUUGUGAUAUUAAAGUACUGUAUGAAAAUGAAAAGAUAAAUGUGGUCUUUGAAUUUCUCAUUAAAGUUACCUUACAAUGA